AUGGCUUAUAGACGUUUAAGUAUGUCACCAGGUGAAGCAUUACACACUGAGAUACCAGAGGCAAGACGCAUGGAGAACUAUCGUUCUGGCAAUUGUCUAUUAGAUUUUUUCGAUAGAAAUACAAAAAGAUUUCGUAAUUUUACUGCUUCACAAUUUGGUGAUGUUUGGAAUUAUUUUGAUCAAGAUGGCAAUGGAUUUAUUGAUGGCGUAGAACUUGAAAUGUUCAUGGGUAAACUGGUUGAAUGUAUCAUUCCGAAAGACGCUAGAAAUCAAUUAACGGAAGAAGAUAGUCGAGAAUUGAUCAACGAAUUACUAAGCGUUAUCGAUACGAACAAUGACAAUCGAAUCGAUAUCAGAGAAUUAGCUCAACUGCUUCCAACUGAUGAGGAGUUUCUUAUACUUUUUCAGCGUGAAAAUAAACUCAACUCAAGUGUUGAUUUCAUGAGAGUUUGGAGAGAAUUUGAUAAAGAUCACAGUGGCUUCAUCGAAGCGGAUGAAUUAAAGGACUUCCUCACAGAACUUUUAUCUACUGGGACAACUCAAAAAGAUGAGAAAUUCGAUGAGAAAAUUAUUGAAUACACUGAUACAAUUCUGAAACUGUUUGAUCUCAAUCAAGAUGGAAAGUUACAAUUGAGUGAAAUGUCCCGCCUAAUUCCAGUUGAAGAAAACUUUCUGUGUCGGCCAAUAUUCAAACAUGGCGGAAGAGUAACAGCAGCUGAUGUAGAUCGUGUAUUCGCCUUGUAUGACACUGAUAAGAAUGGAGCUAUUGAAGAUUUGGAGUUAUACGGUUUCUUAAAAGAUCUUCUUGAACUUGUUGAAGAAGAUUUUGAUGAAUCUGAUCUGGACUAUACUCGAUCUAUGAUUCUCCAAAAUUGGGAUUUCAAUAAUGAUGGGAAAAUCAGCCUAGAAGAAAUGCGAAUGUUACUCCUAGCUUACAGUUCAAAUGAUUCAAGAAGAAUAAAUUAUGGAACCAGUGGUAAAAAGUCAGUGAAUAAGCUGAACUCAAGAGGUUCCAUAGCGGAUACAAGUGAUCGUCAGAAUUUUUCUAAAGCUACUUGGUCUAAAAAGAAAUAAAUUGAUGAAUGAAAUAACAACAGUAAUUGGUGGAGUUCGAUUCUUAUUUUGUGAUUUGACAUUUUCUCCUCAUUGAGUAAAUAUAUUUCAUUUGUUAAAAACUGUAAAAGAACUUAUUAAAUAAUAACCAUUUAGUUGAUUA